UGGUUUGGCCCUGUUCAAUGGUUAGCGCGCAAAAAACAAUAAUUUUGUUAUUGUGUUUUCCCUCAUAAGUGGACAUGACGGACCCGACGAAAGCUCAUUCAGCGCUGGACAGGCAAACUGGAAAGGUCCGAGGCGGAAGAUGUCAUCGCCCGCAGUGCGAAUCACCUUCGUGCAGCACUUCGGACAGACAGCCUGAGCGAUGGGCUGCGGCUCCUCUAUGGAUACGCAGACGAAUCCUGUCGUCACUGAGGUCAGCUCGGAAAUGCAACCUCGCCAGAAUGGCGCCGCCGGAGUAUUGGUUGUGUUAAGUCCUUCGACUUAUGUCCUAAUCCUAAUCAAUACCCUCCCGUUUCGUCACCAGAACAUUGUCGAGCAGUAUGUGCGCCUGGACGAACAGAUCAGCAAGCUGGAGGGCACCUGUCCGGGUCCGCGUAUGGCCACCGUCGAGGCGUGGGUGGAACACCUAAAAGGCAAGCACGAGGCGAUGCUGGGACUCGAGGGCAUGGGGGAUGCGGCUCCGCUUCGGGAAAGGCAGAGGGAAACGGAGGAGGAGGUUCUGGCCCUUCCAAAUUACACAAUGGGCCGGCAGGGCGACCCAAUUGUGGCCAACACACCCACGAAGGACCUGGCACAGCUAGCCUACAAUCUGGGCGUAAUUGCUGAUGCCCGAAAGGCUUCCAUGCACGAGGAUUUCUUUGCCAGUCUCAGCGAGUCGGCUUUGCAUUUGCUUAGCAUUCGAUACUACGGAGAGCUGCUGGAACACACUAAAGUGCGUCUGAAGACUCUGGUCGAGAGCUAUGCGGAGUUGAACGAGCUGUAUGUAAGGCAAGAUGGGAUUAUAGCGUAUAUGAGCGGAGGAACAUACAUGACCCGGCUGGAGGAGAGCAUUGAUGAGCAGUUGGAGACGGCCAGAGAUACAAGAGAUAAGCUGGGCAGCACCCUGGAGCAGUGGCGCAUUUGUGGAUUGCUGCUUAGAGCUGCUGCCAACUCCUCAACUCAAGCAUUGAAGCAGUGGAGGCAGCUGGGCAGGAUGAUCGAUCCCAAGCAGAAGCUACAGUGGUCUUUAGACUGCCGAAGUCUGCUUCAUGCCUCCAUGAUCUCCUUGGAGGCGGCUCAGCUGGCCUUACCGCACGUAGAACUGAAGUACAUUAGUCAUCGCCAAGUUGUAGCCGUUAAGCACUGUAAUACGUAUCUAAUCACAGACAUAGCCAAUAAGGCGAGGUACGAACACACCAGUCGCGUCUUUACCAGCUACGAAUCGAAUAUGUCCAAGACCUGCACUUGGCUGUACGAGACCUUUAACAACACUCUGCGUCCCGACUUUGACAAAGCGGAGGAGACUGUAAGCAGAUUGGCCAAGACGCUCAGGGAUCAUCGUGAAGAGGUGUUCAGCGCAAUGCGAAAAUGACAAGAAACUAAAUUGCUCAAUAUUGUGGGUUUUUUGUACGUUACUUUAAUAAACAGUAGGAAUAGCAUUA